ACGAUUGAUAGAAAUUUUCCCUCACGAUGGCUUGGACACUAGCAAGAGCAGGUGACUUACUUUCCGAAAAGUUGGACCUGCCACUCUUGGCUGUCUUCUGCAAUCUUCAAAAGGAUAGGGCACGGCUGUCUUAUGCAAUCUACAAAAGGAUAGGCACAACCCAGUUGGAACGGAUUUAAAGCGUUUCUAUGAUUCAGUUCAAUAUCUCCAGUUUUGGGUAAAAUACUCUCUGUAUUUUUAUUGUUAGUUAGUCUCCCUGUUCAGAUCCAGCCCUAAAAUGGAACCAUACAAUCCUCCCUCAACUAAGCUUCCCUUCCAAAGCAGUAAGAGAUAUCACGUGUUUCUGAGUUUCAGGGGACCAGAUGUGAGAAAGACUCUGGUGGAUCAUCUCUACCAAGCUCUCUCCACAGCAGGUCUCAAUGUCUUCUUAGACAGUGAUAAAUUGGAAAAGGGGGAAAUGAUUGGGUUGAGCUUGGAAGCAGCAAUUGAGAGCAGUGCCAUACGCAUUCCUAUAUUUUCUGUAGGCUAUGCAGAUUCCACAUGGUGUCUCAGGGAGGCUGCUGCAAUGUUGAAAACCCCUGGCUUGAUCAUUCCUCUGUUUUAUCACGUGGAUCCAACUCAUGUUAGAUAUCCUGAAAAUGAGUCGAGUCCCUAUAAGCAAGCAUUUCUCAGACAUUAUGCCCAUUCAGAUAAAUUCACAAGAGGAGAGGUUAAGUGGUGGAAGCAUGCCCUUGUACAGAUCUGCCCAUGUUUAAACUUCUGCGAUCAUUCAGUUCGAUACCAAAAAGAAGAGAUUGAUGAGUGGAAGGAUGCUCUUCAACAGAUAUGUUCUCGCUCAGGCUGGUCCAUGGAUAUAACUCAAGGCUUUGAAGGUCGGUUAGUGAAGACGGUGGUGCAUGACCUAAUUAAGACCUUGGACAGGGUGCCAUUACAAGUUGCCAAGCAUCCGGUGGGAUUGGACAGCGUGAAAUAUGCUCUCAUGCAGAAAUUAAAUCCGAAUUCAAUGGAUGGGGUUGUUAAAGUUGGAAUAUGGGGUAUUGGUGGUAUUGGGAAGACCACAGUUGCCAAGGCUGUCUACAAUCAAGUUUAUACUGAUUUUGAGGCUGCUUCAUUUGUAUCCAAUGUCCGCUCUACUGCUGCAGACGACGCGGGCCUUACGAUUUUGCAGAAGCAAAUUCUUGAACAGUUAACUAAAUAUGAUGGAAGAGUGUAUAAUGUUGAUCAGGGCAUGUCUUUAUUCAGAGAUCGCUUGGGAGGUAAACGUGUUCUGCUUAUUUUGGAUGAUGUGGAUGCUGUUAAACAAUUGGAUGCAUUGGUUGGGGACUGGCUGGCACAUCACAGCAGAGUUAUUAUUACUACGAGAGACAAACACAUCCUUAAUGUUGCUGGGGUCUCAUCUGAAUGCAUCCAUGAGAUGAGUGGAUUGGAGAUGAAUGAAAGUCUCCAGUUAUUUAGUUGGCAUGCUUUUCUCAAAGCAUCUCCAAGUCCAAACUAUGAAGAUAUCUCCAAAAGAUUAGUGGAAGCUUGUAAGGGGCAUCCUCUUUCAUUGGAGGUGAUUGGAUCCUUCCUUUAUGAUAAACAGAAUGACACAGAAUGCUGGGAUGAAGCUCUUUGCAACACUACGCGCUACCCAAAAAUUCGGGAAAGGCUUUAUAUCAGUUAUGGUGCUCUUAAUGAUGAGGAAAAGGAAAUAUUCAUGGACAUUGCUUGCUUCUUUAUUGGAGAAGAGAAAUCAUUUCCCACCAUCUUCUGGAAAUCCAUGUACAAGAUGGUAGGCUCUGCUGUAUCUAAUCUUUCAAUGAAGUCUUUGAUAAAGAUUGAUGAUAAAGGAAGAUUUGAUAUGCAUGAUCAUUUGCGAGAUAUGGGGCGAAGUAUUGCCGAAAAAGAAUCUACCCGACUGUGGGAGGCUACCCGUUUAAAGGAAGCAAUUUCCAAAAAUAUCAAUUUCUCUCGCCUUCAACUCAAAGGAGGCAUUUCACAAAAGCUUGAAAUGUUGUACACACCUGGUCUUCGCUUUCUUCAUUUGCAGAAUGUGACCAUCGAAGGCAUGACACAAGACACUCUAGCCAUGCUUCCUCCAAGUUUGUUAUGGUUAAGCCUGGAAAAUUGUCAAUUUGAGACGGAGAAUUGUGACUUUGAGAUGAAUAGAACGAUAAAGAAGCCACGCCACUCCUCCAAUAACAUUUGGCAACUGAAGAUAAUGCAAUUACAAUCUUGUGAUCACAUUGACAGCCUUCUCAUCUCCUCUGUAUUUUCACUUCCUUAUAUACAGCUGCAACACUUGAACAUAGAAGGGUGUCGUGGUUUAAAUAACCUCCCUGAUUCUAUUGGCAAUCUAUCACAGCUGCAACACUUGAAUAUAGCAUGGUGUGAUAGUUUAAAUAACCUCCCUGAUUCUAUUGGGAACAUGUCACAGCUGCAACACUUGAACAUAAGAUGGUGUGGAGGUUUAAAGAACCUCCCCGAUUCUAUUGGCAACCUAUCACAGCUGCGACGCUUGAACAUACAAUGUUGUUAUGCUUUAAAUAAUCUCCCUGAUUCCAUUGGUAACCUGUCACAGCUGCAACAUUUGAACACAGAAGUGUGUACAGAUUUAAAUAACCUUCCUGAUUCCAUUGGCAACUUGUCACAGCUGCAGCACUUGGAUUUGGAAUGGUGUACAGGUUUAAAUAACCUCCCUGAUUCUAUUGGCAACCUGGCACAGCUACAGCACUUGGACUUGGGAUGGUGUAAAGGUUUAAAUUACCUCCCUGAUUCUAUUGGCAACCUGUCACAGCUGCAACACUUGAACAUAGAAGUGUGUACAAGUUUAAAUAACCUCCCCAAUUCCAUUGGUAAUCUGUCACAGCUGCAGGGUUUGAACAUACGAUGGUGUUAUGGUUUAAAGAACCUCCCUGAUUCCAUUGGCAACCUGUCACAGCUGCAGCACUUGUACAUAAAAAAGUGUAAUGAUUUAAAUAACCUUGGCAUCCUGUCACAACUGCAGCACUUUAGAAAUGUGUACACUCUGUGUACACCCUGAUUGCAUUGGCCGUUCAAUGUGUACAGGUAAACCUCUCUGAUUUCAUUGGCAACCUGUCACAGCUGCAACAUAAGUGCUUGUGAAAGUUAAGUAACCUCCCUGAUUUCCUUCUUAACCAUCUACAGUUGAAUAGGUAAGUAAUAUCUCCAUCAUGACUAUAAGAUAGAAUAUGGCAACAUAAGUGCUUGUGAAAGUUAAGUAACCUCCCUGAUUUCCUUCUUAACCAUCUACAGUUGAAUAGGUAAGUAAUAUUUCCAUCAUGACUAUAAGAUAGAAUAUAGAUUUAGAUAAUAUUAAAUAAAGGCCAGUGCCAUGAUAUUGUAUUCACUAAAAAUUAAAUUGUAUUCUUUUUAGCCAUUUUACAUCUCAAGAUAUAUACUUUUUAAAAUUUUCAAGGGAAAAUGGCAAAAUUGUCUUUCAUACUUCACAAAAGGGGUUUCC